GACUCGGACCGUUAGGUGUCGCCCCGAGAGCGGAGGGAAAACAAACUGGGACCAGGGAGGAAGAGGAUUGGGAGCGGGAACGGAGUGGGACAAGGACAGGGCACCCUCUCUGCUGCGGCUGUCAGGCGACCUUGGAACGGGCCCCCGCUCGCCAUGGGGAACCGCGGCAUGGAGGAGCUGAUCCCGCUGGUGAACCGCCUUCAGGACGCCUUCUCCGCCAUCGGCCAGAGCUGCAACCUGGACCUGCCCCAGAUCGCGGUGGUGGGCGGCCAGAGCGCCGGCAAGAGCUCGGUCCUGGAGAGCUUCGUGGGCAGAGAUUUCCUUCCUCGGGGACCAGGCAUUGUUACUAGACGACCUCUGGUUUUGCAGCUGGUUAAUUGUAACACAGAAUAUGCUGAAUUCCUACAUUGUAAAGGAAGGAAGUUUACUGAUUUUGAAGAAGCACGUUGUGAAAUUGAAGUAGAAACGAACAGGGUAACAGGAACGAACAAAGGAAUUUCAUCAAUACCCAUCAACCUGAGAAUUUACUCGCCAAAUGUGUUAAACCUGACCCUGAUUGAUUUGCCUGGUAUCACUAAAGUGCCCGUAGGAGAUCAACCACCAGACAUUGAAUACCAAAUCAGGGACACAAUAAUGCAAUUCAUCAUUCGAGAAAAUUGCCUAAUUUUGGCAGUGACCCCAGCUAAUACUGACUUGGCUAAUUCAGAUGCACUUAAGUUGGCAAAAGAUGUUGAUCCUCAAGGUUUGCGAACAAUUGGUGUGAUAACCAAGCUGGAUCUAAUGGAUGAUGGUACAGAUGCCAGAGAUAUAUUGGAGAACAAGAUACUGCCUCUUCGCAGAGGAUACAUUGGUGUUGUCAACAGAAGUCAAAAGGAUAUUGAAGGAAAAAAGGACAUUAAAACGGCACUUGCAGCAGAAAGAAAAUUUUUCCUUUCUCAGCCAGCAUAUAGACACAUGGCAGAACGUAUGGGAACACCAUACCUCCAGAAGCUGCUUAAUGAGCAACUAACUAACCACAUUCGGGAAACACUUCCAGUAUUGCGCAACAAGCUUCAGAGGCAGCUGUUAUCUUUAGAAAAAGAAGUCGAGGAAUAUAAGGACUGCCGACCUGAUGACCCUGCCAUAACAACCAAAGCUCUUUUGCUGAUGGUAAAGCAGUUUUCUGUGGAUUUUGACAAAAGAAUUGAAGGAUCGGGUGAUCAGGUGGAUACAUUAGAAUUAUCUGGUGGAGCAAGAAUCAACAAAGUUUUCCAUGAACGAUUUCCUUUUGAACUCGUAAAGAUGGAAUUUGACGAAAAGGAGCUGCGGCGAGAAAUUAGCUAUGCUAUUAAGAACAUCCAUGGUAUCAGACCAGGUUUGUUUACCCCUGACAUGGCCUUUGAAACUAUUGUGAAGAAACAGAUUGUGAAACUCAAGGAGCCUUGCCUGAAGUGUGUGGAUUUGGUUAUCCAAGAAUUAAUACAUACAGUUAGACAGUGUAGUUGUAAGCUGGGUCGGUACCCAAAACUGCGAGAGGAGACGGAAAGAAUUGUUUCUAGCUACAUACGAGAAAGAGAGGAGAGGACAAAGAACCAGGUUGUUUUACUGAUUGAUAUCCAGUUGUCUUAUAUCAACACUAACCAUGAAGAUUUCAUCGGGUUUGCAAAUGCCCAACAAAGGACUAGCCAGUUUUGCAAGAAGCAGGCUGUUGGGAAUCAGGACUCUCAUCUUCCACUCUUGAGACAAAUUGUGGUAAGAAAAGGCUGGCUCACCAUCAGCAACAUUAGCAUUAUAAAAGGAGGUUCCAAGGAAUACUGGUUCGUACUGACUGCAGAGAGUCUCUGUUGGUUCAGGGAUGAAGAGGAGAAAGAGAAGAAGUAUAUGCUACCAUUGGACAAUCUGAAAAUUCGAGAUGUGGAGAAAACUUUCAUGUCCAGCAAAUAUGUCUUUGCACUUUAUAAUACAGAGCAGAGGAAUGUUUACAAGGAUUAUCGUGUUUUGGAGCUUGCUUGUGAUUCUCAAGAGGAAGUAGAGAGUUGGAAGGCAUCAUUUCUUCGUGCUGGUGUUUAUCCAGAGAAAUCAAUACCUGAGAAUGAGGAGACGGGAGCAGAUAAUUUUUCCAUCGACCCUCAACUGGAAAGACAAGUAGAGACCAUUCGCAGCUUAGUGGAGUCGUACAUGUGCAUCAUUAACAAGACCAUACGGGAUCUUAUGCCAAAGAUAAUUAUGCACCUUAUGAUAAAUAAUGAGUCUUUACUCUUCACCAAGAAUCUUAGACUGGGUUAUCUACAUCUUCUCAGCUUUGAAAUCCUUCCCUAUGUGCAGGGAUCAAAAUUGGACAUGUAUCCUGAGAGACGAUCCAGCAAAGUUUUAUAACUUUGUUUAUUUAACAAUAAGAAAAACACUUUCAUUUAUUUGGCUCAUUCCUGAAAUUAAAUAAUCCUGUCUCCAGUUUUAAAACGUGGUGUAACUCAUUGAUUCAGCUUGAUCUUGUUUAUAGUUCAUACAAUAGAUGCUACAAAUGGUACAUGAGAAUAUCAGUAGAAGCUGAGUGAUAGUUUUGCACACAUUGAGCAGAAAAUAUUUGAAUAAUUUCAAACAUUCAAAUAUCAUUAAAUUGAAAUUGCACUGAAUGAAAUGAUCUAUAGCUUGCUAUAUUUUUGGACAUUGGCUUUAAGAGCCAGCUCCCUAUUUGAUACCAAACAUAUUACAACUUAGAGUUAAACUUUGACCAAUGUGUUCCUAUCACAUAUUCAAACGUUUAGAAAUUUAAAACUGUCUAGUGUGUCUUUGUGUUUUCUUGUACUUGAUGUAUGUCCAGUAUACUUGAUGUACUGUUCACUGCAUAAAAAGGACUUCACCAAUGCUGACUCACACAAAUGCCAACAUUCUGAUACGAGUCAAAAUUCUAAAUUAGUCCAUUAAUGUUCCUGUAUUUGACUAUGGCUAUCAUCAACUGAUGGGAUAUCCAGACCCUGCAUGUUCUUACAAUUCUAGGAAGAUUUGUCAAUGGAAAAACAGUGAUUGUAAAUGCACGAAAACCAUAAUGCCUCUAAUUUAAAGUUUGUUGUGAUCUUAAUGCUAAGGUGACAAUUUGAUUUUCUUUAACUAGUCUAUUUUCAACCAUGCCUUCCAAUCUGACUCUGAUUUGAGCAGCUGGGCUUUUGUCCACUCAUUUACAAAGUCCAGUUGCCUCUGGCUCUGUAGUAUCAGUCAUCGUCUAUGAUUUGGCACUAAAACCCUCAUUAAUGCCUUUGACACCUCCAUACUCAAUAUCUACUGGGUAUUUUCUUAUUGACCAGCCUCCACAAGUUCCAUGUUAUCCAAAAUAGUGCUCCCCGUGUUCCACUCACACUGAUUUUUAACAGCUCAAGUUCACCUAAUGCCUCAAAUUGAAGUUGUUAUCCUCAUUUUUGAAUCCAUCCCUCAAACCUUUAAACUCUUACACACUUCUUAAACUCAACCUUAGUAUGAUUUCAGCCUCUUACACUUUCAUUUUCCAUACAAAGCAGGAGAAACCUCUUACUCAAAGGAUGGUUACAAUGUGAAUCUUACUAACACAAAGGAUUUCUGAGAUUAAUUAUGUGGGUGCA